UUCAGAGGUGGGGGAAACUGAGGCUCGGAGAGGUUAAAUCGCUUGGCUAAGGUCGUCGGGCUCUUUCCCUGGCCCCCAGUCCAGUUCUGUCGCCAGGCGCCUGCCACCUCGGUCGGUCUCAGGAACAUCGCUUCACUGCUGGGUGUCUGGGGAACAUGGCAGGACUUCUCCGGAUUAUCUCAUGUGGAGGUGGGAGUGAGCCAACGGUCUCCAUGGCCAAGCCGUGUGCUCCAGCCGCCCUCCGUGGUCUGGAGGCCACGCCGGGGCGGAGAGCGGCCUCGCCCCAUUCCUCCACCGUGACUCGAACCCGCAGCGGCCGGAGCUGCCGGCCCCUUGCUGACCUCAGAACUGGCUGUCUCCAGGGCAGCUUGGGGAACGCCUCGGUCUGGGGGUUGGAAGCGUCCAGGGACCACUGCCCUCUGCUCAGUCUCCCCCAAAUCAGGGGUUCCUCCCCAGGGCCAGCAGCACACCCAGCCCAGCUGCCUGAGCCCAGGAGGUGCCCACACGGAGGGGGCCGUGAAGGGGCAGUCGAGGCUGGGGUGGAGGUCCUACCCCAGCAGCCCCUGGAAGGCUGUGCACAGUGGGAUGCAGGGCAGGGGGAGACCCUGCUGUCCUGUCACUUCUGCUGUUUCUAGGAGGGAAGGACCCUGAAGCUUCUGUCUGGCUGGGACCACCUCAACCCUCACCACCUGCAUGGGCCUUACCUGGCCUCCGGCCCCAGACUCUGUCCGGAAGUCACCCAGUCCACACAGCUCCGCCGGCCUCCUUGGAAACCCUUUCCAGGGACUCCGAGUUGAGAAGCUGAGGUCAGGACCCCGGCCCAGAGAUCACCGAGAUCAAGCAGCAACUCUGCGCCUCACUAGGAACAAGGCCCUGCCUGGGCAGGUGGAUGCCCCAUCCCAGAAUAGAUGCGUCCAGAAGCUCGGCCCUCUGCCAGGCAGCCACCUGCCCACGUGGACCUGCUUGGCCCUCUAUGGUAGGGCUGCAGGGGACCGGCAAGGGGGUGCCCACGCCACCCCUUGCUUGGGAUGCAGCUCAUUGGACCACCGUGCUGUGGCUGGCUGGAUAACGGCCUCCAAAGAUGUCCACGCUGUAAUCCCCAGAACCUGCACGUAUGUUCCCUUCCCUGGUAAAAGGGCUUUUGCAGAUAUCAUCUUGAUGUGGGAGAUGACCCCGGAUUAUCUGGGGGGCCUGGUGUCACCACGAGGGUCCUUGCAAGAGGCAGGAGGGGAGAGUCAGAGAAGGCCAUGUGGCCUUAAAAGCAGAGGGAGACAGUCAGAGAGAGACUUGAAGGUGCCACACGUGGAAGAUGGAGAGAAGGACCACGAGCCACAAAAGCAAAGCCUCUGGGAGCUGGGAAAGGUGAGGAACAUCCUCCCCUGGAGCUUCCAGAAGGAACCAGCCCUGCUCACGACCUGACUUCAGCCCAGGGAGACUGAUGUCAGCCUUCUGACCUCCAGAACUGUGAGGUAAUGAACUUGUGCUCCUUAAGCCAUGAAGUUUGGGGAAAUUUGUGAAAGCAGCUGCCAGAAACCCCCAGAGCUCCCAGGGCAGGUGGGGGCUCCGGCUGCCUUGGCGUCUACCCGCAGGACCUGUUCCCUCCCGCCGGGAGCCUUGCCAGGUGACGUUCUGGGAAAGUCCUUUUCAUCAAAGCCACUUCUUCCCGCCAGGCUCCAGGAGACCUGCUGGCUCAGGGCAGAGGGGCUGCUGGAGGGAGGAUUCCUGGGGCAACAGGAAAAUACCCGCCCGCGUGCAACACCGCUCUCCCCACCGCGUGACGCCCGGAAUUUCUCCCCUGAGCAUGGCCUUUGCUGUUUCCUGAGUAGGGUCAUUCCGAGGGGGAGGUACACGUUCCUCCAGAAUCCCUCCAGAGGGCCGGCUCCUCCGCGGGGAGUGGGGGGAGUUUCAGGAGGGCUCCGGGAGCGGGAGCUGUGCCCACAGCCUGCCCCACGGACGCGCCCCAUCCGCCCUCCUCCGCACAGGCUCGCUCCCCACAGGGCAAAGCCGUUCCUGGCCCUGUGGUGAAAAGGGGUCUCGCCACUUCCAGGCCUGGACUCCACCAGCCCCACCUCCAACACGCUCCUGUGGGAAGCAGUGCUGGGGAGAGAGUCCCCCAAAGGGUCUUCCCAGAAUCUGGGGACCAAGCCAGGUCCACACCGUGUCCAGGAUGGCCCAGGCUUCCAGAGCCCCCAGUCUGAGACAAUCGCUCUGUACAGGCUGAACUGCGUCCCCCAAAUUCACGUGUUGAAAUCCCACCCCCCCACCUCCCCCCCGUACCUCAGCCCGCGACUGUUUGGGGAGAGGCCUUUGCAGAGGUGACGUUAAAAUGAGGCCAUCAGGGUGCUAGAAAGGAAGAGGCACCGGGGCGUGCGUGUGCACAGAGGAGCGGCCGAGGGAGGACACGGGGAGAGGACAGCCAUCAGCCAGGAAAGGACAGAGGCCCCUGCAGAAAACAACCCCCUGGCGCCUUCAUCUCGGCCCCCUGGCCCCCAGACCUGAGGAAACAAAUCUCCGCUGCAGAGCCACCUAGGCUGCGGUGUCCCGUCACGGUGCCCCAGCCUCAGCCUUGCCCUAGCCUGAGUGGCAGCCAGGGGACAGAGUGCCCAGUGAUAAUGACAUGCACCCAGACACGACAGGGGCCAGGCCGGCCACAGGAAUGAGGCCUGCAGUCCCAACUUUCAAAUUCAAAGGUCUGAAGACAGCACUAGGCCUGCCUACCCCCACCCCCGCCCCGACUCACACGCACAGUGGGACUCACAGGGAGUCCCUGGUAACGUCUGAGCCCCUCUGUCUGCUCUUGACUUUUCUUCUGCCUGUUACGUGCACGAUCACAGCUCACUUCUCACGGGCCACCAUGUCGUUAAGUCCCCUUCAACAGAGUGUGCACGACUCAUGCAGGUAGGACACCGGACUUCUGUGACUCAUCCACGCACACGUCCUACAGGUACCAGCCAUGUGGGUCCGUCUUUAAUUAUGUUAAAUAUUAAUAAAGGUACAGCAUAACUGCAAUUCACUUAACAUACCGACUAAGGGAGUACAAUUUAAUACAAUCUGAUAUACAGCUUUUGAGAACACAAAUUCAUUUCAAUACCAGGUCGUGAGAAAUGCUCCAUUUUGCUUUGGUUUUGAAUGACAGGCUUGAGAACCGCCGCCCGGAACGGUGCCUGUGCCGCCUGUCACCAAGAGCCGGGCCUCCACUAAGAGAAAGCCAAGGCAACAGGUGUGCCCUCUGCAGAAAGGCCCCCGAGAGGAAACCGUCCGAUGGCCUUGGUUGGCACAAAGGAGGGGCCUGCGUAUAUAAAAACGAUCCGCAUA